GUAGUUCUAGUAACAGAUCCCGACUUAAAAAUAAUUCUAAUAACGAUUUUACUUCUGCUUCCAAAUUUAAUGAAAUAAUUGCUGAAGAUAUAUUACGCCACUUGGUAGAUUUUGAAAUACUUGCAGAAAAUAAUAAGUAUAUAAUAACAGAAUUACAACGGCAAAUAAAAAAUAAAAGUGAAGUAAUAUCCAGACUAAAUAAGCAACUAGAAGAAUGCUAUAGAACUAGAAAACAGGUGCUGUUAGAUAUGCGAAGUGAAAAAGUUAAAAAAUAA